AUGCCUCGCGCCCGGCCCGCCGCGAAAGCCGUCCAAGGCAUCCGCAAACGCAAGGACUUUGUGGUGUGCCAGCAGGGCGCUCCGGCGGAGGAGAAGCCCAACAUCUGCAUCGAGUGUGGGAAGACCUUCAGCCAAAACUCAAGCCUGGUCAACCACCGGCGCACGCACUCCGACGAGAAGCCGUACAAAUGCCCCGACUGCGGGAAAAGCUUCGGGGUGAGCUCCAGCCUCAACCGGCACCAGCGGAUCCACACGGGGGAGAAGCCCUACAAGUGCGGCGAGUGCGGCAAGCGGUUCAACGACAAGUCCAACCUGACGCAGCACCAGCGGAUCCACACGGGCGAGAAGCCCUACAAAUGCAUCGACUGCGGCAAGAGCUUCAGCCGCAGCUCCCACAAGAAGCACCACCUGCGCCACCCGCCGGGGAAGAAGCUGGGCAAGGGGGGCGCCGCCGCCCAGGCGGACGGGGCCUGCGCAGCCAGCGCCAAGCCCAAGCCCCGGAGGAAGGUGGAGGUGCUGAACACCUGCACCGAGUGCUGGCAGAGCUUCAGCCAGAACGCCGACCUCAUCAAACACAUGCGCAUCCACACCGGCGAGAAGCCCUACCAGUGCAGCGUCUGCGAGAAGAGCUUCAGCGUCAGCUCCAACCUCUUCCGGCACCAGCGGAUCCACACGGGCGAGAAGCCCUACGUGUGCUCCAGCUGCGGGAAGAGGUUCACCGACAAAUCUACCUUGGUGCAGCACCAGAGGAUCCACACCGGGGAGAAACCGUACUCCUGCCGGUUUUGCGGCAAGAGCUUCAGCCACAGCUCUCACCACAAGAGACACGAGAAGAUCCACAAGGCGGACUACCCCAUACUGGCCUACUCGGCCCCACUGAGCUAG